CCGAAAGCCUGCGUUUGGCCGACCCGCGCAUCCACCACUCAGGCCUGCUGCUAAUUCGCGACGACCAUGGUUCUCGUCCUCGUCAUCGGCGACCUCCACAUCCCACACAGGAUACACGACCUCCCCGCCAAGUUCAAGAAGCUCCUCGUCCCGGGCAAAAUCCAGCAGAUCCUCUGCACGGGCAACCUCUGCGACCGCGAGACGUACGAGUACCUCCGCACGGUCUCGCCGGACGUGCAUGUAGUUCGUGGCGACUACGAUGAGAGCGCAUUGCCUCUCUCGGUGACCGUAACCCAUUCGCCAAUCCGGAUCGGCGUCGUACACGGACACCAAUGUGUCCCCAGCGGGGACUUGGACUCGCUCAGUGCAAUCGCAAGACAGAUGGAUGUAGACGUUCUAAUCUCAGGGCACACCAACACGUACGUCUCGGUUCCACUCUGGUCUCGCAGCUCGCCAAACCUUGUCGUCAAAAGCUUCCAGGCCGUCGAAUACGACAACCGCUUCUUUGUCAACCCCGGGUCGGCGACUGGGGCGUGGACUGGUAGCAUCAAUGGUGAAGCUACGCCCACCUUUGCUCUGAUGGACAUCCAAGGCCCAGCUGUCGUCACCUAUGUCUAUCAGCUGAUUGACGGCGAAGUUCGAGUUGAAAAGAUCGAAUAUCGGAAGGACAUAGAGACCUCAAAAGAACCCCCACGGACCAUACCCCAGAGUAUACCCAAUAGCCCGCCUCCGCAGCAGCAGGCAGCAUGGUGAUGCAGUGGAAGACAGUGGCUGUGGAAAAGAUGUUGUAAUGUUAACAUGGUUUUGGUACGCCCUUCUUUUGU